CCUCUAAGCAAAUUAGCGUGGUUGGACGAGUCCCGCUCGUAUAGAUUCCCUAAAAUAGGCACACCAUUUGAACAUGAUAUGCAACCACUCCAUCAAUUGCCUCGUAUAUUUCCAAGUUUGACAAUGGGGAAGCAAUUAGUACAGUUCGCACCAGACUUCUCAGCUUACGCCGGCGGCGUCGAAGAAACGCAAUUUUUCUAUCGGGAGAUAUUCCAAGACCAUGCCUACGAUGUGGCUGAACUUCCCGAAGAUGCCUUCAUCGUUGACGCGGGCGCAAACGUCGGCAUGUUUACUCUCUACAUGAAGAAAAAAUACCCAGCGUCCACAAUUCUGGCGUUCGAGCCGGCUCCGGAAACGUUCAAGAUGCUGAGCGAGAACGUCAAGCUGCACAAUCUCAAAGACGUCGAGUUGCACGAGUGUGCGUUGGGAGCCGAAGAUACUACACAGAUCUUCACUUUCUAUCCGACUGUUCCUGGGAAUUCGACACUCGUGCCCGAGGAGAAAGAGAUUGUGAGAGAGGUCUUUAGCGAACUGAGUCAGGACUGGGCCGAUGGGGCUGAGAAGAUGUACUCUACCUCACAUGAGAUAUCUGUACGCGUUCGUCCUUUGUCACACUUUCUCAACGGGCGCAAAGACCUGAAGCGCAUCGAUAUGCUCAAGGUGGACGUCGAAGGUGUCGAGUUGGAGACUCUACAAGCUCUGGAGGAAGUCCACUGGGCUCGAGUUUCCAACGUGGUGGUGGAGAUCUGCGAUCUACGCGGUGGGCGGCUGGAUGCUUUGGAAAGUCUGUUGAGAUCUAAAGGUUUCAGUGUAAGAUCAGAAAGUCCUUCGUGGUCACCAAGUGAAGGGAAGAUGUAUAUGGUCAUUGGUCACCGAGAUGUAACUGCUGGUUAG